AUGAAACGAUAUGUUUACAUAAUAGGAAUAUUUUUUAUUUCUAAUUUAUUUAACGAAAUUAUUUCUUCUAAAACUACUUAUUGGACCUCAAUUUCGUAUCCUGAUAUUAGAGGUAAAAGUUAUAAAAAAUGUGCACAACAAUUACCAGAAAAAAGUUUAUUGUAUAUUUGUGAUCCGGAUCAUAUCAUAAAUGUCACUGAAUUAUCUCAGAUAAAUGCGGGUUUAGAAAAGUUAGCUGUAGGUACACCAUGUCCCUGUCAAAGAAGAUCUCAAUGUUCUAGUGGAGAUGAUAAAGGAAGUCCUUUUCAUGGUUUUGUUGUUUCAAUAGCUAUUCUUGAUAAUAUUGAGAUGAAUAUUCAUUCACCAUCAGAGGAACAAUUGACAAAUAAGGCUGAAAGUUUUUCUAAAACUCUUAGUGGUAGAUGGGCUUUAGGAGAUUGUGGUAAUUCUGUUAUCGUUUUUGUUUGGAAACAUUAUAAAAAAGUUAUUAUAUGGCCUGCAAGAUUGGCAGAAAAAUAUAUUACUGUUAAUGAAAGAAAAGCAUUGUUAUCAAAAGUUAAUCACUUCAUACAAAAUGACCAAUGGGCAGAGGCAUUAAAACAAAUUACAAAAGAGUUACAUAUUGAAUUAACUGGUGAACCGGAAGAUCGUGUUGAUACAGGAACAUUAUCACUUUUAAUAGCUGUUGGAGUAGCAUUAGCAUUAACAAUUUUAAUAACUUGCUGUGUCUGUGCAUUUAGAUGUUGUGGAAACUUACCUAUGGAUGAAGAUGCUAAAUCACUUAGUAGAAUUGAAAGUUUUAGAGCGCAGGUAAAGGGGGUAAUGCAACGCGGUAGUUAUCUAAGACGAUCAUUUAGUAAAUCACCAAAGUUUACCAGACCAUCUUCAAGAAAUGUUUCAAUGGAAUUAGUCAAUGAAAAUGGUAGCAGUAAUCAAGUAUCUGUUUAA